UGAGAGCUUCGCGUUUCCCAUAAUCCUUCGCGCGCGGGCGCUCUCUUUCCUUUUUCCGCCAUCUUGCUGUACGGGCACCAUGGUGCGCAUGAAUGUUCUAGCAGAUGCUCUCAAAAGCAUCAACAAUGCAGAGAAACGUGGGAAGCGUCAAGUUCUCAUCAGGCCGUGCUCCAAAGUGAUCGUCCGGUUCUUAACUGUGAUGAUGAAGCACGGUUACAUAGGUGAAUUUGAGAUCAUUGAUGAUCACAGAGCGGGGAAAAUUGUUGUGAACCUCACAGGCAGACUCAACAAGUGUGGUGUGAUCAGUCCAAGAUUUGAUGUCCAGCUGAAGGAUUUGGAAAAGUGGCAGAACAAUCUGCUUCCUUCACGCCAGUUUGGGUACAUUGUGCUGACCACUUCCGCUGGCAUCAUGGACCACGAGGAAGCAAGGCGAAAACAUACAGGAGGGAAAAUCCUGGGCUUCUUUUUCUAAACUUGUAAAAAAAAAUAAAAGGCAGAUUAAUAAAUGGUUCAAAUGGA